CGACACCAAUACAAGCGUGCCACCAUUUGCACGGCAGGAACUCACACGUCGUAUACGAUCAGCUGCAUCGCGAUCGUUAGUAGCUGCAACUGAGCGGGGCCGCGUAGAGAAUUGAGACUGUUACUUUCAAUAUUAAAAAUGUGUUCCCGCAAUCUAGCAAUUUCGUUGGCAUUGAUUAUCGCACUGGUACCACUGUCAACUGUAGCCUUACCUCACCACAGCAUCGUGAAGCGCAGCUCUUUUUUUGACAUAGAAUGUAAAGGACAGUUCAACAAACAGAUCUUCUACCGGUUGGACCGAAUAUGUGAAGACUGUUACUCGCUGUUCCGGGAGCCACAGAUUCUGUCCUUCUGCAAAAAGCAGUGUUUCACGACAGAUUACUUCAAGGGCUGUAUAGACGCGUUACAGCUAACGGAUGAGAUCGAAAACUUUAAACCGCUGAUAAAAGUGCUAAACGGUGCUGAUCCGAACACGUUAUAAAACC